UCUCACCCCAAUGGGAAUUUCUUCGACUCGACGUGUAGCAUUCCUGUGAAGAGGGGUACCGUGAGUAGCCCCGGGCCUGUGAGAUGCACAGCCUCAGAAUCAUGGGCAGAACAGCCUCCCACCUGUGAAAACAAUGGUUUAUGCAGUGAGGUGUAGGAACCUGGGGAAGGGUUCAUGGCCCGUUUCCCUAUCCCCUGGGUCUUAGCUACCUGUCACCUGUACUCUUUACCUGAGAGGAGUGGCUAUGAGAGGCUGGCCUCCAGCUCUGCUACCCUGCAGUGUGGAGCGGGACAGUGGAACGACGACAGCUCGCAGUGUGUAGCUAUAAGCUGCCCUACCCUCCAGCAGCCAAAGGACGCGCUAAUCACCUGUGGAGAAGACUUCACCUAUGGAAGCAGCUGUAACUUUAGCUGCUCUGAGGGUUAUCUCCUCAAGGGGGCGAUCACGGUGACCUGCACAUCAGCUGCUGAGUGGAGUGAGGAGAUACCACACUGUGAAGUGGCCUUAUGCAGUGAGCUGUAUGAACCUGGGAAGGGUUCCAUGGCCUGCUCCCAUCCCCUGGGCUCCUUCAGCUACCUGUCCACCUGUACCUUUACCUGAGAGGGCUAUGAGAGGCUGGCCUCCAGCUCUGCUACCCUGCAGUGUGGAGCCUCGGGACAGUGGAACGACUCACAGCCGCAGUGUGUUGCUGUAAGCUGCCCUACCCUCCAGCAGCCAAAGGAUGGCGCUAUCACCUGUGGAGAAGACUUCACUUAUGGAAGCAGCUGUAACUUUAGCUGCUCUGAGGGUUAUCUCCUCAAGGGGGCGAUCACGGUGACCUGCACAUCAGCUGCUGAGUGGACUGAGAAGAUACCACACUGUGAAGCUGUCCAGUGUCCCUCUCCUGUGGUUCCUCUGGGGGUCAGGUCAGCUGUGAGGCCCCCCUCACAUCCUUGGGGCUCUGUCUGCAACUUCAGCUGUGAUGAGGGCUAUGAUCUCCAGGGGGCCCCAAACAUGCAGUGUUCACGGUCAGGGAAGUGGAGCGCUGACACACCUACCUGCACAGCCACACCUGAGCCUCCAUUGAACCCCACUAUCCUAGGCCUGGCAGCAGGGGGCGCUGUGUCAUUAUCUGUCCUGUCUCUGGCCGCAUGGCUCCUCAAACGAAUAAGACAGAAAGCUAACAAGUUUGAUCUGAACAGCACCUCAGACAUUGAGGAACCUUUACAGACCUACAGGAACAGCAUCGACAGCCUCAUAUAAAGACCAAUAACAAUAACAGCAGGAACAACUGCAGGAACAACUGCAGGAAUAACUACAGGAACAGGCUGGCUCUGUUUUCAAAGAAGAUCUGCUGGUCACACCUGGAUCACAGUUCCUCAGUAUUGUAAUGUAGUAGGUUAGAUAGCCUUGAAUCGUCUGACUGGGAGAGAGGUGCUACGUUGAGUAUACAGAAUCAUCUGUUCUCAUGAUGGUCCUACAGAAAAUGUCUUUUUCUCCCUAAGGGAGUUUUGUAUUGAACAGAUUGUUCACCACUGGCUGGUAUAUGACCACAAGCGGACACAUUUCUUAUGAUACUGAUUUUGACAGCUACUUUAUACAAACUACAGAAAGUUGUAUAUUGUAUUCCCCUGUAUAAUUAUUUGUAUUAUCGUAAAUAUAUUUUUAUGAUUUUACAAAACUGUGAAAUCAAUGCCUUUCAGUAUUUAAGUUAUAUUUAUUUUUAAACCACAGUCUGUGUGUUACAGAAUUACAUUUGAUGUGGAAAAAGUGUCUUUUUAAAUAUAAUAAACGUUUCAAACAUUGUCAA